AUCGUGCCGAUAGAAUGCAGCUGUCAGAUUUGUUAUGGCAGAACAAAUUCUAAACCCGUAUAUUUAUAUCGAAUUUAAUAAGAGAUCGUAACAAAUGUUGCAUAAAACUUGGAUGUCCCAUUUAAUCCACGUUUUUAACAAAUCAAAGGCGCCAUGCUCUAUGUAUGACGUUCAUGAAUUCGUAGAGAUCGGGCUAUUUAUAGUGUCGUAGUGUAGGAAUGGAAAAUCAAAACAGGUCAUGAUAACAAAGAAAUUACGCCAAUAAUUAAAUAAUGAAUUCGAAACGCAAAUCUGUCUUUCGAGACAUUUAUGAAAGACAGUACAAAAGCAGAUUGAGUAAACUCUAUUCAAGUUCCAAAGAUGACGAAAGUUUCGUGCAACGCUUGAGCUUGCUGAAAAAGCUGUCAAUACACCAGGGCUGUGUGAACACAAUCUGCUGGAAUGACAAUGGGAAUUUAAUACUCUCCGGCUCCGAUGACCAACAUUUAAUGGUAACAAAUGGACACACCUACAAAGUUGAAGCUAAAUAUUACACAAGCCACCACGCCAAUAUUUUUAGCGCCAAAUUUCUACCGUGCUCUGGCGACAAGCAAAUUAUUUCUUGUUCUGGUGACGGGUCUAUUUUGCACACAGAUUUAGACAGACCUAAAGAGACUUACCUAGACCAAUUUACUUGCCAUGGUGGUACCACCACAUAUGAGGUAAUAACUAUACCAAACGACCCCAAUACAUUUUUAAGUUGUGGGGAAGAUGGCACAGUUCGUUGGUUUGACUUGAGGACUAAAACAAGUUGUCGCAAGCAGAAUUGUCAGGAGGACAUCCUGAUAAAAUCCCCUUAUGCGGUCACAGCACUGGCCAUCAGCCCCACUGCCUACAACCAGUUGGCCAUCGGCUGCGCCGACUCGACCGUCCGGCUCUACGACCGCAGAUACCUGAGCUACGGGAGAGACUACCUAGCCUCGUCGUUCUGCAGUUUCCUCGCGCCGCACUUCGACCGACGUUACAGGAUCACCUCGUUGAGUUACAGCGGCGACGGACACGACAUGCUAGUCAGUUACUCGUCGGAUUAUCUGUACCUGUUUAACGUUCAGGAAAGCCGUGCCACUGCUUUAAAGAAACCGGCGAAGAAGGUUUCCAAGUGGAACAAAGUGAGGGCGGUCAGCGGCCACAGGGCACGCCUGUCGCCACCGCCGGUCAGGAGGCUGCGCCUCAGGGGCGACUGGUCGGACACCGGCCCCAACGCCAGGCCCGAGCGCGACACUCCUGCCAAUUCAGGUAUGGGUCAGGCGAGGCCUCAGCUGCAGGGCACGUUGAUGCAGCGAAUGACCGACGUGCUGUCGCGUAUGCUGAACGAUCCGAUGACCCGGGCCGCCCUCAGCGCCGGCGGCGAAGACUCCGUCGAUCCGGAGAGCAGGGACGCCGACGCCGAGCCCGCCCAGCAGGCCCAGGGGGAGACUGCAGAAGCCGACGACCAACAGAAUGAACAGGGAAACAGUUCCUCUCAGCAAGUGGAAGAACCAGCCCAGAGUGCCGCGUCGACCAGCACUGCGGGCGAGACCUCGUCGAGGCGCUCCAGCUUGGAGGUGGUGGGUGCACUGCAGAACCACCUGUCCGCCUUGCAGCAUCUGCGUGCCGGUUUCAUAGAGCAGCACGGCGCCGAACCGUCCGUCAGCUUUCACUAUUCGCAGCAGAGCACCUCGAACUCCACCAUCAGCUUGCGGGUCGGCGGCGACGUCGACGGUAACUUCGACGACGACGAGGAGGCCGGCACCGUGCCGUCGACUUCGCAGCAGGUCAAGAACCACAUUGACAGCACUGAUGGCGACGUUGAUAUGGAAUACGAUGAGGAGUCGGAAUCGGGGAAUAAUAAGACUGAUAAGCAAAUGGUCUAUGAGGCUGAAAUGAAAAUGAAAUAUGUGGGCCAUAGAAACGCAAGGACUAUGAUAAAAGAGGCGACGUUCUGGGGCGACGAUUACGUAAUGUCGGGCUCGGACUGCGGCCACGUGUUCAUCUGGAACAGACACUCGGCCGAGAUCAAGAUGCUGUUGCAGGCCGACCAGCACGUGGUUAAUUGUUUGCAGCCGCACCCCACAUUGCCAAUCCUGGCCACCAGCGGCAUCGACAACGACGUCAAGUUGUGGGCGCCCAUCAAGGACGAGUGCAGUUUUGAUGCGGAGGCGGCUGAAGUGUUAAUAAAUCGCAAUGCAAUAAUGCUUGAGGAGACCAGGGACACCAUAACAGUUCCGGCCGCCUUCAUGAUUCGCAUGCUGGCUUGCUUGAAUCAAAUACGCAGGAGCGGUUCGAACAGGCAGAACAUGAGACGUGGCUGCGAUAAGUAAUAUUAUAUUUUCUAGUUUAGCUUGUUAUCGGGUCCGGUCGAUGACUGCAAUGUUUUUUUUAUGGUUGGUUACUUAACUGGUAAUAUUUUCAGUUUCAGUGGCAAAAUAAACUUUGUUUGUUCUAAAUUAAUUGUUUUUGUUUAAAAUUAUAUGAAUACGCGUCAUCGAUCACUUGUUACUUGACACAUUUAGACAAGAGUUUUCGGAAUGUUACGAUUAAAUUAUAGUUAAUGUCAACACAUAUUUUUGUUAGUGCUUUAUAUUGAUCACCUGACAUUCUCACAUCAAAAGUGGCUGUGAACUUAUCCAUCUUUAUAACCAGAGUUUGCCGUCUUUGUUGAUUGUUACGCGUUUGAACAAAUUUAAAUUUUGUUAGCCUUAAUUGGGAAAUUAUUAUAUUCAGCUCUCUGCAUGUUAAUCCCAUUUUUAAUAGUGCAGGUUUGUCAGGUGAAAGGUGAUAUUCAAAAUAUUUUUAUUAUUUUUUUAAUUGUAUAAAGUUAAUUUAUUGACUGAUCAAGAAUGGAAUGUUACGUUUUUCACAAGACAAUUUUUUUGUAGUAUUGAUUUGCUGCAUUAUUUGAUUAAUUAAAUAUAAACUUGCUUAUUUGACAAAAGUUUAUUGAUUUAAAUGUGCAUCACUUUAACUUCGACGUCGUAAUAAUUAAUGUAGGUCCGUGUUUCUUACUCAUGGAAGUUAGGGUGAUUUGUUAAAUAAGCGAGUUUAGUGCAAUUAGGAAUUAAAUUCAGAGUAAUAGUUUCAUAAAAAACUAUGUUAUAUUUUUAUUACCACAGUUGUACUAGUAAAAGUCAUAAUCAAUUUCCAAGAUAGUUGGAUUGCUAGAUUAUGUGUUGUAGUAAUUUAAAAUAUAAUAAAUUAUUUAAAUAUACAAA